AUGCUGGAAACACUGGGAAUGCUGAUCGAGAUGGUGACCAGAUGGCUGACGGAGAACCCAUUCACUUUUGGCAUUGUACUCAUGGUUGGCCUCUCGGUCUUUUCUUUAGGAUUGACCGUCUACAACUUAAAAUUCCACCCUCUGGCCAAGAUCCCAGGCCCGUUCCUGGCGAAGAUCACAAACUUGCACUCGCUCUACCAUGCAUGGAAGGGCGACAGGCAUCUGGAGUUCUGGAGAUGCCAUGAGAAAUACGGCCCCGUUUUCCGAUUUGGUCCCAACGGCGUCUCCUUCAAUACCAACUCGGCAUUGAAAACAAUCUACGACAGGAAUCACAACAUUCAGAAGUCGCAAUUCUAUUCCGUGUUUCCGCCUACGAAGGACACGUUCAAUACCCAUAGCUCGAUUGACAAGAAAACACAUUCUGAGAAACGCCAUGUCCUUAGCCAGGCCUUCUCAGACAAAGCCUUGAGGGAUAUGGAAAAGUACGUCUUGGCCAACGUGCGGAACUUCUGCUCAAAACUAGGGGCCAAGCCUCCAGCGACUGAGGAGCCCGGCGAGGAAUCAGGAUGGAGCGUUGUGCACAAUAUUGCGGAUUGGUGCAAUUACCUUACCUUCGAUAUCAUGGGUGACUUGUGCUUCGCAAAGGCGUUUGGUAUGCUUGAGCAUGAGGAGAAUCGACAGGUGAUUGAUCUCAUGGGAAGUGCAGCCCGUAUGCAUUUGAUUCUGGGGACUAGCCCGAUUAUCAAGAAGCUUGGUCUCGACAAGAUUCUCUUCCGCAAGAUCCACAAGAUGAGAAUGGCGUAUAUGGCGUACAGCAAAGCCCAGUCCGUAGAGCGCACCAAACUUGCAAGGGUGGCAGACCGCAGAGACUUCUUCCACUACCUCCUUGAAGCCCGCCACAGAAACAGCGGCCAAGGAUUCACCGAUACUGAGCUCUGGGGCGAAAGCAACCUGCUCAUCAUCGCAGGGUCGGAUACCACGUCGACUGCCCUCGCAUCUGCCUUCUUCUACCUUGUCCACAAUCCUAUCGCUCUCGAAAAGCUUACGAAAGAAGUGCGGAGUUCGUUCAGAAACGUGGAGGAGAUCACCAUGCGUGAUGAUCUGAGCCCCAUAUCCUACCUCCGUGCCGUUCUCGAUGAGGCAAUGCGUCUUUCGCCGCCCGUCGGUGGAAUCCUUCCCCGUGAAGUCUGUAACGGCGGCAUUGAGAUCGAUGGUAUAUACAUCCCAAAUGGCACUGAUGUGGGAGUACCGCAUUACGCCAUCCAUCACAGCGAACGGUAUUUCCCUUCGCCGUUCGAGUUCAGGCCCGAGCGCUGGAUCCCCGGAGCACAGUUGUCAGAUUCAGCAGGGUCGUCAGAGUCGACAACAAUCAGCGUCAGUCAUGCGAGAUCUGCGCUGUGCACAUUCAGCCGUGGCCCCCGAGGAUGUAUCGGCAAAAAGCUCGCGUAUAUGGAGUUGGAGGUUGCUCUAGCCCGGACGGUAUUCAUGUACGACAUGAGACUGGCGGAAGGACCCCCGGCUGGCGAGCGUAAUGAGGCUCUCGGCUUGGGACAGGAGACGAAGCUGGAGUACCAGCUCCAGGAUUGCUUCACCAGCAAGAAGAAUGGGCCGAUGAUGCAGUUCCGCCUCAAGGACUGCUGGGCGAAGGAAUGCGAGGACCCCAAAUGCUGGGAAAAGCGAUGCCGGGACAAGAAGUGCUCGGAGAGCUGUCUCGCGUCCAGGUUUGCCCACCACGGCCACUGCGACGUCCCGGAGCCGGGGGACUAUACACCGUACUGCAUCUGCCGGAGCACGAUCCGGGGCGGGAAGAGAAACCGGUGUGCGAAAAUUGAUUGUCCUACCAAGUGGUUUCACUUGGAGUGCGUCGGUCUCGCCCGCGUCGAUCGCUCAUGGUGUUGUCAACAUUGCCGUGGGGAGACAAACGGAGAGCCGAGCGUGAGGACAUACCUAUGA